AUGGUCGGUGUGCGGGUGCGGGUCCCGGGUGGCGGCGCCAUGUGGCUGCCCCUCGUGCUGGUGGUGCUGGCGGCGCUGGCGGGUCGGGUCUCUGGGCUGACGGAGGGCGCGCGUCCCCGCAGCGUCGGCGUGUUCAAGAACGGGCGCGUGGAGAUCAUCGCCAACGACCAGGGCAACCGCAUCACGCCGUCCUACGUGGCCUUCACGCCCGAGGGCGAGCGGCUCAUCGGCGACGCAGCCAAGAACCAGCUCACGUCCAACCCGGAGAACACCGUCUUUGACGCCAAGCGCCUCAUUGGCCGCACCUGGAACGACCCCUCCGUGCAGCAGGACAUCAAGUACCUGCCCUUCAAGGUUAUUGAGAAGAAGGCUAAGCCCUAUAUUCAAGUGGAUAUUGGUGGACAGAUGAAGACCUUUGCUCCAGAAGAAAUCUCUGCUAUGGUGCUGACGAAGAUGAAGGAAACAGCUGAGGCCUACUUGGGAAAGAAGGUCACCCAUGCUGUUGUUACUGUGCCUGCCUACUUCAACGAUGCUCAGCGUCAGGCUACAAAGGAUGCUGGUACCAUUGCUGGGUUGAAUGUGAUGAGGAUAAUCAAUGAGCCUACAGCUGCUGCUAUUGCUUACGGACUAGAUAAGAGGGAGGGUGAGAAGAACAUCCUUGUGUUCGAUUUGGGCGGUGGAACCUUUGACGUUUCCCUGCUUACCAUCGAUAAUGGCGUCUUUGAGGUCGUGGCCACCAAUGGAGAUACUCACCUGGGUGGAGAAGACUUUGACCAGCGUGUCAUGGAACACUUCAUCAAAUUAUACAAGAAGAAGACGGGAAAAGAUGUCAGGAAGGACAACAGAGCUGUGCAGAAGCUACGACGGGAGGUGGAGAAAGCGAAGCGAGCCUUGUCCUCCCAGCAUCAGGCUAGAAUUGAAAUCGAAUCCUUCUUUGAGGGGGAGGACUUCUCUGAAACACUUACCCGGGCAAAGUUUGAGGAGCUGAACAUGGACCUGUUCCGUUCCACUAUGAAGCCUGUCCAGAAAGUGCUAGAAGACUCUGAUCUGAAGAAAUCUGAUAUUGAUGAAAUAGUCCUUGUUGGUGGCUCCACAAGAAUCCCCAAGAUACAGCAGCUGGUGAAGGAGUUCUUCAAUGGCAAAGAGCCUUCUCGUGGCAUUAAUCCAGAUGAGGCUGUCGCCUAUGGUGCUGCUGUUCAGGCUGGUGUUCUCUCUGGUGACCAGGACACUGGUGACCUGGUGCUGCUUGAUGUGUGUCCUCUGACACUUGGCAUUGAAACGGUUGGGGGUGUCAUGACAAAGCUUAUCCCAAGAAACACUGUUGUGCCCACCAAGAAGUCUCAGAUUUUUUCAACAGCCUCUGAUAACCAGCCUACUGUAACGAUUAAAGUUUAUGAAGGUGAACGUCCUCUCACAAAGGAUAACCAUCUCCUGGGCACUUUCGACUUGACUGGAAUCCCUCCUGCCCCUCGUGGUGUGCCGCAGAUUGAAGUUACCUUUGAGAUAGAUGUGAAUGGAAUCCUCCGUGUUACGGCUGAAGACAAGGGUACUGGAAACAAAAACAAGAUCACAAUUACCAAUGAUCAGAACCGUCUGACCCCAGAAGAGAUUGAGAGAAUGGUUACGGAUGCUGAGAAGUUUGCAGAAGAGGACAAAAAGCUGAAGGAGCGUAUUGAUGCCAGAAACGAGCUGGAAAGCUAUGCUUAUUCGCUGAAGAAUCAGAUUGGUGACAAAGAGAAACUAGGUGGCAAGCUCUCUUCCGAAGACAAAGAGACAAUUGAAAAAGCAGUAGAGGAAAAAAUUGAAUGGCUUGAAAGCCAUCAGGAUGCUGACAUAGAAGACUUCAAAGCUAAAAAGAAGGAGCUGGAGGAGGUUGUCCAGCCAAUUGUUAGCAAGCUUUAUGGAAGUGCAGGACCUCCUCCCGGGGAAGAAGAGGCAGGAGAAGGAGAGAAAGAUGAACUGUAGGGGCUGGGAUCUCAGAAAGAUGUUACCUUGUGUAUAUAUUGGACUCAAGAACUCUUCAUUUAAAAUAUUGAACUCUUAUCUGGAAUGUAAUUGGAGUCUUCACUUCUGAGUGGAGUUGGAAAUGCUAGCCCAAAGUGGCUGUUUACUGCUUUUCAUUAGCAGUUGCUUGCUGUCUGGGGGAGGGGAGGGAAGGGGGGUAGAGGGGUGGGAUUUGUAAAUGAGCAGGGGUUUAGAAAUGUUCACCUGGGAAACCAUCUUAUUUAACAGCGGGGUCAUGUGCAUUCUGUGUAGAAGUCUUUUCUACUUUGAGUGUCCACAAUAAUAAACUUUUGUUUUUAUUUACACUGGAA